CGCUGGAACGGAUCGCGCAGUACGAAACAACGGACGGACGGUGUUGUCUACUCGCCCGUGUUGUGUGUGUACUUUUUCCAUCACCGCCGAAAUAAUUCAAGAACUUUUCCUGUUCUGGUGGAUGAAGUGUAGAGCGUAAUUUUACUGCAAAUCCACACCGCUUGUUUGUAAUCAAUGAACAGUUAUUGCCAUCAACAAAAAUCUGUCGCUAUUGAAUAAGCAUUUUCCGGAAGUGUCAACUUCGGUGAAAAAUUGUGUCACUGAGCCUUUAGCCGCUGAAUUUGCCAUAAUUGAUUCCUGCUAUUAGAUACUGGAGUUCGAAGCAGAUCAGCAUUCCUGAAAAGAUAAUACUUCAGAGCCUUGCGAAGUGCAAAGAGAAGCAAUUCUCGACCGAAAAUAACCUUUUAAGAUGGAUGCUUUGCCGGGGUCAGCACACAUUAGUAAAAACAAACUGAACGUGAUUUGUAGCUAGCCGCUUUUUUUAUCGAACGAGGGAACAGGAACCCUCUUUAGGUGUUUUUAGAAAAAAAGGAAUUAGUGCAAAUAAUCAAUUAUUAUUUUGGAGUUCCCGAGCCGAAACCAACGUGCAUAAGUGGGUAACUUUUGAAAUAUCUUUCGGAUGGUAAAACUUUCCGGGAAAACCACCGGUCUCGACUCUUGCAUAGUUUGUGCACAUCAAUUGAAGUGAUAACAAUAGUAAUAUAGUAGAAACUACGUAGAAAAGUCCGUCAGCUGCAUAGGACAUUUUCCUAGCCCAGAAUGGUCAAAGAGAAGCCAAAUUCAACUCGAAUCUACGACAAGGACGGGUAUCGACGUCGAGCAGCUUGUAUCUGCGUACGUUCUGAGGCGGAGGCAGAGGUCUUAUUGGUAACAUCAUCACGCCGUCCAGAGUUGUGGAUUGUUCCAGGUGGCGGUGUUGAACCAGAAGAAGAAUCCUCACUAACUGCUAGUCGCGAAGUUCUCGAGGAAGCUGGUGUGGUUGGUGAGCUAGGAAGAUGUCUAGGAAUUUUUGAAAAUACAGAACACAUGCAUCGAACAGAGGUUUUCGUUAUGGUAGUCACAAGGGAGCUCGAAGAAUGGGAGGAUUCCAAAACCAUUGGUCGCAAACGACAGUGGUUUUCGAUUGAUGAUGCUCUCACGCAACUAGCUUUACAUAAACCAACUCAGCGCCAUUAUCUGCAGCAGCUUCGCAACUCGAAAAAUAAUUCAUCUCCUACAGGAAACUGCUUACAUGUGGUGGGGGAGGAUCCGGACAACGAGCCGGAAGGGGAAUCAACAGGUAUAGUCGAUGGAAACAGCAUUACGUUACCACCAACAGCACCGACAGAUGCAGUUAAAGAGGAGAGUGUUACAACUAACCCGGAUGUUACAAUGGGGACAGACUCUUAAGUCAUUUAAUUUUCGGUUUAUUUUGCUUCUUGAACCUAGAGACAAGCUGGUAAGGCAGAAUACAAUUCCUUGUUCCACUAAAUGUUGCCUUCAUUUCCGCCCUCUUAUUAUCAACCAGGACCAAACGUCCAACUAGUAUCAUCAGCCAUUUGCACAUCAGCACAACUAUAUUCAUCGCUUUGAAGUUCUGUUUCAAUUGAAAACCUCAGUCUAGUGAUAUGCAUCUAGCACACGAUGAAGUAAGCAAAUCAAUUGCUAUUUCAAAACCAAAUACUUUCACCUCUGCCGUUCCUCAAUCUAAAUUGUAUCAAGAAAGUCAAUCAUUAAUUACAAAUUGUAGCUAUACUUUCUUCUGUCGUAAAAUCUGAGAAAGAUCCACAUACAAUUAAUUCAAAAAGUCUUUUUAGAUUUUUACCAUAUUGAAGUAUGAGUUAUAAAAAUUUUUUUUAUGACUUAGAUCGAUAUAUACUAUCAGCCCAUCGCAAAAAUUCCGUACGAAGUUUUCAUAUAUUGUCUCGCAGUAUAAAACAUGAAUGUAAAAAGGCAUGUUGUCAAAAUGCUGAAGCCAGCACACGAAGAAGGCUGAGAUGGAACAUUUCAUCAUGGAGCUCCGUUUAUACAAAUCAUAUUUGAAAGUUUACCCGUAAUAAAAAUGUUAAUAACACGAAACAAAAGAUAACUAGCAAGUAACAUCCUUAUUCAUAAGCUCUAAAACUAGUUACAUGCUGGAAGACAGAUAAAUCGCAUUGAGCCAAGCAGAAAGCAGCUUCCAUACGAAAAAAACUAAACAAAAUACCAUGCUCACUGUGUUUUAGGGAAGAACAUUGACUAGUUUCUAUGUAACAUGAUCCCGCCUUCUCUUUUUUGCACUAAUUUUAUGCCACACAGUAGAUUGAAAUAAGAAUAAUAUGAACUGUGAGUUUACUUUCUAUUUGCAAGCGAUGAUCAACGAGCAUAAGAUGGCGCAAGGAUAUUAAAUGAAACAGAGAGACAAGCUGAACUACUUCAGAGAGCUUCAAAGUCGAACAGUUGCUGAUAGAGAAUCGAAAAAACAGAUUCAAUUUUGGUUGAAAUGCACCUGAAAAUGCAAGUUGUGCGGGAAAAAAAAGUAAGAAAGUGAUGAAUAUUAGAAUUUCUAAAUUAUACUUUGAAUACUUAUACGAAUAAUACAUUAUGAUAAUUUAUUGAUAUAAAAUCCGUAUAAUGUAAUUAUUGUCAGAAGAAACCAUGUGAGGG